AUGGAUGCUACCGUGGUGCGUCAGAAGCUCAUCUUCCACGCUUUGGUGCGACAGCUGGAGGCAGAGGUUGUGUCCGAGGAGGCCCUGGCGCAGUAUUUGAGCCUCGGGGGGAGCGAGCUGUCCUUGGCCGCGAUACGUGGAGAGGAGGAAAUGGUGCAGGUGCUGCUGAUGUCGGGGGCAGAACCCAAUGCGGCGGACUGCUUGGGGGUCACGGCGCUCUACCAGGCCGCCAUGCGCGGCUACGCCGACAUCGUCCGGCACCUGGCGCACGCGGGCGCCGACGUCAACGCCGUGGUCAGCGACGGCACCACGGCGCUGCUGCAGGCGGCCUACGUGGGCAGCGUCGACGAGCCGAGAAGGGAUGCCUGUGCCACGGUGGUGGCGGUGCUGAGGGAGCUUGGGGCGGAUGCCACGGCCAAAGAUUGCUGGGGCAAAAGCGCUGCGGAUUACUGCCACAAUGUGCCAGAGUUGGAGGUUGCCAUUGGCUCAGAUGUCUUGGUGCAGUGUCCCUACCUCGACUGCAGCCGCACGUACCGCGUGCGGCGCCGCGACUUCCGCUGCCGCAUCGUGCGCUGCGGUGCCGCGCUGUGCCGGGGCCGGGAGUAUCAGCUGCCGAAGCAUGGCACCCGAGAACAGGUGAGAAACUGGCUACAGGAAAGCUGGGGAUGGGACGAUUGGCCCGGCGAAGUGCUGGGCUGCGGCCGUCCCUUCCGCUUCCCCGACGACAGCGGCACGGGGCUCUUCGUCACCUGGGCCGACGAAAUCACUGGGGAGCUGCAUCCCAGCAGCGUGGACGUGACGGGCGAUUACUCCAUCGCCUUGCGUCUGGCGGGCGCCGAGCGCCCCGGCCUGGUGGACUACGAGGGCCUCUGCAAUUUGCUGGACGGCUAUGCGGACAGGUACAGUCGUGAGGCGUCGGAUUCCAGCGAGAUCGAGGAUGAAGACGCCUGGAGGGUGUCGGAGGAUCUGCGCGUGAUCCGUGGAAAGCUGCAGGAGCGAUUGGUGGCGAUGACCAAGGCCCAAAAACUGAAGGAUCGCCAAAGUGAAGAUCGUUCUGAAACUUCGGCCUCGAAGGUUGAGAGCCCUAGUGGCGGCAGUGAGUCGCAGGACAACCUCCCAACCAACACGGUACGCCCAGCGCCCAACAGCGCCCACAAGCCUGUGGUGAACUGA